ACCGCUGUGACAGCAGGUGAGGACACCAGUCAGCUGACCAGAGAGGUGUUUGCUAAGCAUCACGGGGACCACGAGCACUUCCAGAUGGAGCCCCUGCACGAGUCUCAGAGAGUGAGGAGACUCUGCGGGAGCGCACUCCUGCAGCAGGGGUCCCAGGGGGACACCAUGAUGUCCUGGAAGGUGGUUGUGGUCUCCUUCUACUACUACCAGCUCUGCACGUGGGCUACCAGCCACCGCAGCAGAGCACUGUUUCCAUUAGCAUCUCGAGUGAAGAGAGGACUGGCGGAGAUGGUCAACCCCAUCUUCCAUAACUCCGUAGAAGACGUCAACCUGCUCUUCGAGAUCCUGCUGGCCUGGCUGCCAGUUCUGGAAGAGAGCGGCUCUUUCUGCAUACCCGAUGAGGAGUUGGCCUCCAUGCGGCAGACCCAGAAGCUGGGGCUGAUCUGUGAGGACGUCCUGCCCCAGAGGCUGACAGACAUCCGCCGCCUGGGCGCUCACCUGUCCCGGCGCCAGGCGCCCCUGCGCAGGGAGGACUUUGAGCGCACCGUGCUGACCAUGGUGUACACGGCCAGUAGGAUGGCCAACACCACGGGCCACCAAAGAGAAGCCUGGGCGGACUCCUUCGUCAGCCUGUACAGAGCUGUUAAGCAAGAUCUGAGCCCCGGGACUCCAUAACCAAACCAUCAGAGAUCGCCACUGGGCGUUGCGCUCAUUGCCGUUCCCCUAACACCUUGCAUAAUAUAUAUUCAGUGUUUACCCUUUCAUGUAUGGGAAGGGAAAACAAAAUAUUCUUUAUGAAAUCCGUUAUUUUGUAGUUUUUGCAGAGGAUUACUGUUUUGACAGCACUAUAGAUUUGCAUUAAAGGUACAUUUUGGUCUGUAUUAAUUGCGAUGUUAUGUGAGCAUUGUACGUACUGAUAUGCAUCUUAUAUGAGUGAAUCCAUGACCGAAGCCGAGGAAGUCUGACAACUGGUUUUUAAUGUGACUUUGCUAUUAUCGUUCCAUCCUGCAGCCAUUAAAACGGCUCCUGUUCUCUGCUGUUGAAGUAAAUGCGUGACUGCGUUGGCCGCCUUGCUUAUUUGUGAUUAAAAACAGAAAAAGCACAUGCUUGUUAAUAGCAUAUGCUUGCGUUAUGCUAUUAAUCUUUUUUGCAGACCAACAUUUAUCCGCAUACAAGUCGAGGCAUCAGGAGGAAAAACACGGCUGAUGUCAUGGCCGCAAUCACAAGGGGUGCAGGCGCGGGUGGCGGGAGACCAGGAUGUCAGUGCGAGUCCAAGCGGUUUAUUGGGCAAUACACAUGAUAAGGUUUAACAGAGGUUACACGGAGUCAUAUACAGAGGGGACACUGCCACCACUAAUGACAAUAUGACGACGACUACUACUACACCGACGCAAGAAAUGCUCAACUGCCCAGCUAGAGCCUAAAUUUACCCUUAUGUAUAAAUGGGAAAACACAGGUGUAACAUGAGGACAAUUAGGGCAGGAUAAUUGGUAAUUAUGAUACACAAUAGCGUAACAUAUAUAGGUAAGCCUGACUGCCCGUUUCCCUUAUGGUGGGUGAAAGCAUGAAAAUUGUAUUAGCGUUGAUUGUUAAUAAAUCAUCAGCAAAGAA